AUUUCAAACAAAGAUGGCGAGUUUUGAUUCGCCAGAUUCUCCAACAUAUUCGCUGAAAAGCAGCAGUUCGUUGCACCGUAUGCUUACAUCUAUUAUCCAGGAGAAAGCUAGACAAAACCACCCAUCUACCACUCCAGACGAUGGAGGAUUUAUAAUGAUUGCUAAAGAUACAUUCUGGACAGAUCUGUUCCAAGAAAAUUUCAUAGAUGGAGGUCGGGAUGAAUGUCGCGAUGACAUGUUGUUCUAUGUACGAAAGACACACACUACGACUAGAAGUGGUCGGGAUCAAGUUGAGACUGAUAUUGAAGUGUUUCGUCGAGAUUCCAAAAAGCUUCCAAGUAUGGAUGACGGCACUAUAGACUGGGAGGAAACUGUUUACCUAAACCUUAUACUUCAACAAUUCCAGUAUACAGUAACUUGUGCAGUGUGCACCAGGACUGGUGAAAAAGAACUACAAAUACUCAAAAAAGUGUCUCAAAAAGUGUACGCCUCGCCAAGCAGGAGACAGAUGGACCACAAGGGGACAGAAGAGCAGAUCACAUACCCAAACAUAUUCUUCAUGGUUGAUAAUUUUGAAGAGCUAUUCCAAGACAUUAUAGUGCGAGACAGUGAGAUGGUCUGUGUUGAGUUAAUAGCUUGUGAUAGGAACGGAUCAUUCCAGGGAGUCAUUUUCCUUGGUUCCAUACGAUAUGAUGCUCUCAAAAGUGUAUAUGAUGCAAGGGCAAGUUUAUCAUCCAGGAUGGCGCAAAGGAUGUCAUUGGGAUGGAUCCAUGGGAAGAAGCGUGUUGAGUUUGUUCGAAUGAGGGGUCCACAGAGCAAGGGUCAUGCAGAAAUGGCAUGUAGUCGUGUUAAGGGGUCUGGGGUGGAGACUCCUGAUAUAGAAAAUUUUCCAUUGGAUGAUUUUGAAGAUGAUAACGCUUCUGAGCAAUACAAUCACAGGAGGAUGAGUGAUCCCAAUGCUUCCUUAGGCACCUACUUCAGAUCCAGUUUCAGACGAAGUAUGAAGAAAUCACGCUCUGAGACAGAAAAUGUCGACAGCUGUGGUCUUAAUGGUCUGCAAGAGGUUGAAGCUGGAAACCUUGAAGAUGCCUUUGAUGACGACCCCGAUAGUCUUGGUUUAUUCGGUCAAACAUUUGGUCAAGCAUGGCACUGGUUCAAGGAUAAAAAACGUGCCAACUCAGUCGCUCUAGAAGCAUAUCUUACUUAUAUCACUCUUCCAUGGCACCGUAUAAUAGCAGAUGUUUUAGAAGUGCGGCAAGAACCAGUAUUAACAUUUUGACACCACAGCAUCUAGUCAGUGAGACCCCUUCUCUACCACUAAAGGGUCGUGUAAUUAAGACCCCUUGUUAUAAUCGCAAGUGGGCAUAAUCAGGUCACAGCAGAAGAACAAACCACUGCCUUUUUACAUAAUGUCCAUUCCACACUAAAUAGAUUAGUUUAUGUUUUCUAUAAUUCCUACUGAGUUUACAG